AUGGCGGCUCGGGGCGGGACGGCGCGAGCUCGAACAGGGGCGGCGGCGGUGGAGGCCCGCGGCGGGGCGACCUUCGCGCGGCCCGGCGUGCGGACCGAGCUCGCGCGGCUCGGCGAGCAGGGGCGGCCGCGGUGGUGCGGCGAGCGGGGCGGACGCAGCGAGGCCGCGGGACGCCGACGCGAGUUGAGCAUGAGCAUGACCACGCGGAUGCCGCCGGGUAAAAGAUCCCGGCCAUGGGCGGACCUCCCGACGGAGCUGGUGGACGCCGUGGUGGCCCGCCUCGACGUCCUCAGCGCGGCGCGGCUCGCCGCCGUCCGCGCGCCGUGGGCCCGGACGGUCGCCGCCGCGAAGCCCUCCCUGCCCUUCGGGACGACUCGUCAACCUCUACACCGGCGGCCGGGUCGACCUGCCGGCCGUGUCCACCAUCCCCGGCGUCGAGCCCGCCGGCUACCACUGCAAGGUCCGUCACCACGCGACGCCGCACUGCUCGUACACGUACACGUUCCGCAAGAUCGUGGUGCGCGACACGCCGCCGGCGGCGUCGGGCGCCGGAGAUUACCUGGCGGUUGCGAUCGUCACGAGCCUGAUCCUGGCCGUCGCGCGGGGCGGCCACCGGAGCUGGACGGCGCUGAAGAACCACCGCGACCUCAUGGCCGGCUACGACGACGCCAUCGUGCACGGCGGCAGGGGCUUCGCCGUCGACGUCACGGGCUGCGCCGUCGACGUCACGGGCUGCGCCGUCGACGUCACGGGCUGCGCCGUCGACGUCACGGGCAGGGUCUUCGCCUGGGACCUGCCGCGCGCCGCCGGCUCGCGCCCGGACCCGGAGCGCUUGCCGGCGGCGCCGGGGCCACGUCCUACGGCGAGUCGGUGUACCAGUGGAACCUGGCGGAAUCGGCGGACGGCCGCCGCCUCGUCCUCGCCUGCACGCACGGCAGGUACGCCUGGCACGAGAAGCGCGGCCGCGACGGCUCCACCAAAACCGUGCACCGGUUCCACGGCGACGGCGUCCGCCUGCACGAGCUCGACGUCGACGACGAUGCUGCCGGCGGUGACGGGCGGCGGCGCUGGCGCCCAGUCACCAGCCUCGGCGGCCGCGCACUGUUCCUCGGCGCCAACUGGCCGCUCUGGGCGGCCGUGACCGUGAGCCGCGGGCCGCCGGGGCAGGUUGCUCGACCCAACUGCGUUUAUGUCGCGCCGGCCGUGCUGUUCGGGUACCAGGACGAGGACUUCGACGUGGUCGUGCACGAUUUGGAUGACGGGAGCUGCCGGCAGAUCAAGGUGUCGGAUCGGGACGAGGACGAGGAUGGCUUUGUCAUACCGAUCUGGUUUACGCCGACGCUACAGAUGUGGAGUCGGCGAGCGAGUUGAUUUGUGCUUCGGAAUGAAAUGGUUUGGCAGAAGGUA